AUGGAUGACAAGGACAGAACCCGCGACGGGGAUGCAGACUCGGUGAAGAAGAUGCCGCUUGGCGCACCAGAUGAAAUACGCAACGUGGACGACGACAAGGCAUCAGCAUCGUUUGUGUUCGAUAAGACACGGAGGACUCUCAAGAACCGACAUAUCCAGCUUAUUGGAAUUGGAGGCACCGUGGGCACUGCGCUAUUCGUGCAGAUUGGAAGCAGCCUGACAAAAGGGGGUCCAGCCGAAAUGGUGACAUGGAUGCCCAUAUCUUCACCGUUUGUCCGCUACGCUGAUAGAUUCGUCGACCCCGCCCUCGGAUUCUGCGCAGGGGUCAACUUCUUCGUAUUCGAAACAGCACUGAUACCCUUUGAAAUCGUCGCCUUCAAUGUUGUUCUGCAGUUCUGGACAGAUAAGAUACCCACAGCGUCUGUCAUAUGUUUUCUUUUGGUCGCUUACUGUUUGCUGAACGUUUUUGCCGUCCGCUUCUACGGUGAAUCUGAAUUUUGGCUAGCCCUUGGAAAGGCCAUUCUAGCUGUUGGCGUUAUCAUCUUCACGUUUGUGACGAUGGUGGGAGGUAAUCCCUUGCACGAUGCGUAUGGAUUCAGGUACUGGAAUCCUGCGAAAGUCCAAGGAGCACCGUUUGCCGAGUACAUCCAGACCGGCUCACUAGGCCAAUUCAUGGGGUUCCUUGCAUGUCUGAUCCAAGCCUCAUUCACAAUUGCUGGACCUGAUUACGUCUCAAUGGCCGCCGGAGAGGCUCAUGACCCGCGGCGCAAUAUGCCACAGGCAUUCAGCAGCGUCUUCUACCGCCUCACCGCGUUCUUCAUUCUCGGCUCUCUGUGCGUCGGCACCGUCGUGCCUUACAACGACCCGGACCUGCUCCACGCCAUAUCGAACGCGCACCCCGGCGCAGGUGCGUCGCCCUACGUCAUCGCGAUGCAGCACCUCAAAAUUCCGGUGCUACCGCAUAUCAUGAACGCGCUUAUAUUGUCCGCUGUAUUUUCAGCAGGAAAUAGCUAUGUGUUUUGUGCGUCGCGCACGCUGUUUGGGCUCGCGCUCGAAGGCAAGGCGCCGCGGUUUCUCACGCGGUGUACGGGUAGCGGUGUGCCGAUCUAUUGUGUCGCGCUUACGCUUGGGAUUUCGUUGAUUUCUCUGUUACAAUUGUCGAAUAACGCUGCGGUGGUCAUUCAAUGGUUUGUCAACUUGGUGACAGCUUCGCAGCUCAUGAAUUAUGCUAUCAUUUCCUUCACCUACAUUCGCUUCCAUAAGGCACUCAAGGCUCAAGGAAUAUCUCGCGACAGUCUUCCUCACAAAAGCUUCUGGCAACCGUUUUGCGGGCAAGUUUCUAUCUAUGCACAUACAUAUUACGCGUUCGUGGCUACCUUUACGAUGGCAUUCGUAGGCGGCUAUACCGUCUUCCUGCCAGGGAGAUGGGACGUCCCAUCCUUCCUGUUCUCAUACACCAUGAUCGCAGUCGUCCCUCUCCUCUUCAUUUACUGGAAAGUUCGGCAUUCCACAGAAUGGCAACCCCUAGAAACCAUGACGUUCUUUGAAAAAGAAAGGAUGUUGGUUGACCAGUACGAAGAAGAAUUACAUAGCUGA